GGGAUUUCCAUUGCGACUACGACAAUCACGAACGUCUUGAGUUUUUCCAUCGCAGCCAUGUUACCCAUCAAGUAUUUCACGGUAUUCGGAUUGAACUCAGCCGUUGGAGUCGGAUUUGCAUAUAUUUAUACUUUGACUUUCUUCGGAGCAUUUUUGGCGUUGAUGGGAAAAUUCGAAGAACAGCAGCGGAACUCAAUCACUCUCAUGAGGAUGUCCAGGGGCAGAGACAUCAUGGACCCUCAAAGUGAUGAAAAACCG